AUUGGAGCUCUGAGCGCAUAUGAGUUGCCCAACAAAGAUUCAGUUAUUAACGGACUUUCAGCGCUUGCGGACGGCAUUAGCGGGAAUAAAAUAACAAGCAGUGUCUACUCUCUUCUCCUCCAACCGAAACGAUAAGAAGCGAUUCAAAAUGUUGUGAUACCAAAAAUAUAUAUGUAUUUCAAAGAAAAUUCAACGACCCCAGCCUGUGUGUGUGUGUUUUUUUUUUAAUGAAAAAGUUUAAUUUAAAUAAUAAAUAAAAAAUCCAUUUCCAUGCUAGUGUGAAUCGAAAUAAAAGUGAUAAUAUUAAUUUGUAAUUUUAAGCUCUGGCCACGAAUGUGUUUCAUCAAAUCCCCCUCUCACUAAUACUGCAACACACCGCGAUAUGUUCUUCGACAUCUGUUCGCCAAGGCAAUACCAUGGCAAGGCGUUCGCUCUUAAAGUGUGGUUAAGUUUAGCUGUAGUAAUUUUAGUUUUGUUGGAUGUCAAUUGUUAUGAAAAAAUUUAUAGUCAAAUUGAAAGACAAAGAUACGAUGGAUGGUAUAAUAAUUUAGCACAUCCCGAUUGGGGAUCAGUGGAUAGUCACCUGGUGCGCAAAGCACCACCAUCCUAUUCAGAUGGCGUUUACGCUAUGGCCGGCUCCAAUCGGCCAUCUACACGGCGACUAAGUCGUCUGUUUAUGCGCGGCCGUGAUGGUCUCGGUUCGAAAUACAAUCGUACGGGGCUGUUGGCAUUUUUCGGCCAGGUCGUGGCCAAUGAAAUUGUUAUGGCCUCCGAGUCGGGCUGUCCCAUUGAAAUGCAUCGCAUUGAAAUCGAGAAAUGUGAUGAAAUGUACGACAAGGAGUGUCGCGGGGAUAAAUACAUACCAUUUCACAGAGCUGCUUAUGAUCGGAAUACGGGUCAAAGUCCAAAUGCCCCAAGAGAGCAAAUCAAUCAAAUGACUGCCUGGAUAGAUGGCAGUUUUAUUUACAGUACCUCAGAGGCUUGGUUGAAUGCAAUGCGAUCCUUUCACAAUGGCACACUGCUGACGGAUAAGAGUGGUAAACUGCCAGUGAGGAAUACCAUGAGAGUGCCACUGUUUAACAACCCCGUGCCGAGUGUCAUGAAAAUGUUGAGUCCUGAACGUUUAUUCUUACUCGGCGAUCCUCGCACAAAUCAAAAUCCCGCUGUACUUGCCUUUGCCAUACUUUUCCUACGUUGGCACAAUACCUUGGCGCAGCGCAUCAAACGUGCUCACUCCGAUUGGUCCGAUGAGGAGAUCUUUCAGCGAGCUCGACGCACUGUCAUUGCCAGUUUGCAAAAUGUAAUUUUGUAUGAAUAUUUGCCAGCCUUUUUGGGUUCCGAAUUGAGACCCUAUCAAGGUUACAAUCGUGACAUGCAUCCCGGUAUUGGUCAUAUAUUCCAAGCUGCUGCUUUCCGUUUUGGCCACACAAUGAUACCGCCGGGAAUAUAUAGACGAGAUUCACAGUGUAACUACAAGAAAACACCAAUGGGUUAUCCGGCAAUACGUUUAUGUUCCACAUGGUGGGAUUCAAGUGACUUCCUGACAGACACAACCAUAGAAGAGAUCCUUAUGGGUCUGUCCUCACAAAUUUCGGAACGUGAAGAUCCCGUAUUGUGUUCUGAUGUACGAGAUAAACUCUUUGGUCCCAUGGAAUUUACACGACGCGAUUUAGGAGCUUUGAACAUCAUGCGUGGCCGUGACAAUGGUCUACCGGAUUACAAUAGUGCACGCGAAGCUUUUGGCUUACCACGUCGUAAUAGCUGGACCGAAAUUAAUCCAGAGCUAUUUGAAAAACAGCCGGAACUCUUGGAAAUGUUAAUCUCUGCAUACAAUGAUCAACUGGACGACGUGGAUGUCUAUGUUGGUGGUAUGUUGGAGUCGUAUGGACAACCGGGUGAACUAUUCACAGCGGUGAUAAAAGAACAAUUUGAACGUUUACGUGAUGCAGAUCGUUUCUGGUUUGAGAAUGAUCAAAAUGGUAUCUUUACCAGGGAAGAAAUUGAAGAGAUCCGUAAGAUUACUAUGUAUGACAUUAUUGUGAAUAGCACGGAUAUCGGUGAGGAUGAUAUCCAGAGAAAUGUCUUCCAUUGGCAAGAGGGUGAUCCAUGUCCCCAGCCAAUGCAAUUGAAUGCCACCGAACUUGAACCCUGCACCUAUCUCGAAGGAUUCGAUUAUUUCUCCGGUUCGGAGUUGAUGUUCAUUUAUGUUUGUGUGUUUUUGGGCUUUGUUCCGAUUCUUUGUGCCGGAGCUGGAUAUUGUGUUGUAAAGCUGCAGAACAGCAAGCGGAGGAAACUGAAAAUACGCCAAGAGGCAUUGAGAGCUCCUCAACACAAGGGAUCAGUGGAUAAGAUGUUAGCCCGUGAAUGGCUUCAUGCCAAUCACAAACGAUUGGUAACGGUGAAAUUUGGCCCUGAAGCUGCGAUUUACACGGUGGAUCGCAAAGGGGAGAAGUUGCGAACAUUUAGUUUGAAAUCUGUUGAUGUGGUCAAUGUGGAGGAAUCGGCUCACAACCACAUUAAAAAGAAACCCUAUAUUCUUCUAAGAGUUCCCAAUGAUCACGAUUUGGUGUUGGAACUAGAAUCGUAUGGAGCCAGACGGAAGUUCGUAAAGAAACUGGAAGACUUCCUGAUUUUACAUAAAAAAGAAAUGACUUUGGUCGAAGUGAAUCGCGAUGUUAUGUUGGCCAGUGCCGAGACCCGUGAGAGAAGACAAAAACGUUUGGAAUAUUUCUUCCGUGAGGCUUAUGCCUUAACAUUUGGCCUAAGACCUGGAGAACGACGCCGCCGAUCUGAUGCCUCCUCGGAUGGUGAAGUUAUGACCGUAAUGCGUACAUCACUUUCCAAAGCAGAAUUUGCCGCCGCCCUUGGCAUGAAACCCAACGACAUGUUUGUGCGUAAAAUGUUCAACAUCGUCGAUAAGGAUCAAGAUGGUCGCAUUAGUUUCCAAGAAUUUCUGGAGACGGUUGUUCUGUUCUCACGUGGCAAAACCGAUGAUAAGUUACGCAUUAUUUUCGACAUGUGCGAUAAUGAUCGCAACGGUGUCAUCGAUAAGGGCGAACUAAGCGAAAUGAUGCGAUCCCUGGUGGAAAUUGCCCGAACCACUAGCCUGGGAGAUGAUCAAGUCACUGAGUUAAUUGAUGGUAUGUUCCAGGACGUUGGUUUGGAGCACAAAAAUCAUCUCACCUAUCAAGAUUUCAAACUGAUGAUGAAGGAAUACAAGGGAGAUUUUGUUGCCAUCGGUUUGGAUUGUAAGGGUGCUAAACAGAACUUUUUAGAUACAUCGACAAAUGUGGCGCGUAUGACAUCGUUUAAUAUUGAGCCAAUGCAGGAGAGGCCACGUCAUUGGAUGCAAGAGAAAUGGGAUAGUUAUAUAACAUUCUUGGAAGAAAAUCGCCAGAAUAUAUUCUAUCUAUUUCUGUUCUAUGUUAUAACCAUAGUUCUAUUUGUGGAGAGGUUUAUUCAUUAUUCAUUCAUGGCCGAACACACGGAUUUGAGACACAUCAUGGGUGUUGGUAUUGCCAUCACAAGAGGAUCUGCCGCUUCGCUGUCAUUUUGUUAUUCGCUGCUUUUACUUACCAUGGCCAGAAACCUUAUAACCAAAUUAAAGGAAUUCCCCAUUCAGCAAUAUAUACCAUUGGACUCACAUAUUCAGUUUCAUAAAAUUGCUGCCUGCACUGCCCUAUUCUUCUCCGUACUGCAUACAGUGGGACACAUAGUAAACUUCUAUCACGUCUCAACACAGUCGCAUGAAAAUCUCAAGUGUUUGACGCGGGAAGUACACUUUGCCUCAGACUAUAAGCCAGACAUAACAUUUUGGUUAUUCCAAACUGUGACGGGAACCACCGGAGUACUGUUGUUCAUUAUAAUGUGCAUUAUAUUUGUCUUUGCCCAUCCGACAAUACGUAAAAAGGCCUAUAAGUUCUUUUGGAACAUGCACACACUCUAUAUUGGUUUGUAUUUGCUGAGUUUGAUACACGGCCUGGCAAGACUUACUGGGCCGCCUAGAUUCUGGAUGUUUUUCCUGGGACCUGGUAUUAUAUAUACCCUGGACAAAAUUGUUUCACUACGCACCAAGUAUAUGGCCCUGGAUGUUAUAGAAACCGAGUUGCUGCCUUCCGAUGUUAUCAAGAUCAAAUUCUAUCGCCCACCCAACCUAAAAUAUCUUUCCGGCCAAUGGGUACGCCUAUCCUGUACGGCCUUUCGGCCACAUGAAAUGCACAGUUUUACAUUGACCUCAGCGCCCCACGAAAAUUUUCUCAGUUGUCAUAUUAAAGCUCAAGGUCCAUGGACAUGGAAGCUGCGUAACUAUUUUGAUCCUUGCAAUUACAAUGCCGAAGAUCAGCCGAAAAUUCGCAUUGAAGGACCCUUUGGCGGUGGUAAUCAAGAUUGGUAUAAAUUCGAAGUGGCCGUAAUGGUUGGCGGUGGUAUUGGUGUAACGCCAUAUGCUUCAAUACUCAAUGAUUUGGUAUUUGGUACGAGCACGAAUCGUUAUUCGGGAGUGGCAUGUAAAAAGGUGUAUUUCCUAUGGAUUUGUCCCUCGCACAAACACUUUGAGUGGUUCAUUGAUGUGUUGCGAGAUGUCGAAAAGAAGGAUGUCACCAAUGUUUUGGAGAUACAUAUUUUCAUAACGCAAUUUUUCCACAAAUUUGAUUUGAGAACAACAAUGCUGUACAUCUGUGAGAAUCACUUCCAACGUCUCUCGAAAACUUCAAUAUUUACGGGUCUCAAGGCUGUCAAUCAUUUCGGGCGUCCAGAUAUGUCAAGUUUCUUGAAAUUUGUACAAAAGAAGCAUUCCUAUGUUUCAAAAAUAGGCGUAUUCUCCUGUGGUCCCAGGCCACUAACCAAAAGUGUUAUGUCCGCAUGUGAUGAAGUUAAUAAGACACGAAAACUACCCUAUUUCAUACAUCAUUUCGAAAAUUUCGGUUAAACUACAUAUCUACUCUGGCUAUCCGAAUAACAAAGCACUUCCAUUUUUUUAUAAUUUAAAUUUGAAUAUAAAACCAGCCCACUGUCAUCAUACAUUUUUUAUAAAAUUACAUUUAACUAUUUAAAGCAUAAAUGAAGGUCUUAUCUGUAUGUAAAUAUGUAUGUGAAUUGUAAUCGCAGUACACAUGAAUGUAUGUAUGUAGUAUGUGUGUGUUUUACUCCCCCAUCUUAUGUGUUAUGUAAAAUAUAUUUUUUUUAGUCAAAUUGAAAGAAACAUUCGUUCAUCAUUGAGAAAGUAAGAUCUUGUUUUUAUUGAAUCGAAGCAUAUAAAUCAAAACCUAAUGCAAUUAAUUAGUUCAUGUAUUUAUUUUUUGUGUAUUAAUAUUUUUUAUAUAAUAAAAUAUUUUAUUAGAAAUAAUUACCUAAAUGUCUCGUUCUGUUGUCAGUGUUUCGCAACAACAAAAAAUGUUCUUUAGAAUUUAUUUAUUUCUAUUAUUUUAAAUAAACCAUAAGUCAAAUAAA